AAUGUUUAUCAAGCUUGAUCUAGGAAUUGGCGAUGCAUUAUGUCAUGUUUAAGCGUAGUUAGAGCAUCAUUAAUAUAUCUAUAAAAAAAAUCUAAGAGGAAAGAUAACUAUGAUAUACUCCAAGAUGAGAGCAUUCUAACAAAUUAACUGUUAACUACAAAAUGAGUGGGGACGUGGAGCGUAUGUUAAUCCAGUUUCAGGAUGAAGGUGGAGAACCUCUCGGAUCUCCGUUUGAUGUCCCACUUAACAUAACCCCAGAUAAGCUGCAGCUGGUCUGUAAUGCCUUGUUACAAAAGGAAGAGCCGGUGCCACUGCUGUUUUUUGUGCACGAUGCUGAGGUGGUGUCAUCCCUGGGGGCUUGUGUGCAGACUCUUGGUGUGGAAACGGAGCAGGUGUUGCCAGUAGUGUACCAACCACAAGCCGUGUUCCGCGUGAGAGCCGUGGCUCGCUGUACCAGUUCACUGGAGGGCCACACUGAGGCUGUCAUCUCAGUGGCCUUCAGUCCUACUGGGAAAUACCUGGCUAGUGGUUCUGGAGAUACGACCGUGAGAUUUUGGGAUCUGACCACGGAGACUCCUCAUCACACUUCCAAAGGCCAUAAACACUGGGUUCUGUCUAUCGCCUGGUCUCCAGAUGGCAAAAAGUUAGCGUCAGGGUGUAAAAACAGUCAGAUUCUCCUGUGGGACCCGGUAACAGGACAGCAGAUAGGAAAGACUCUGAAUGGACACACUAAAUGGAUCACUUGGCUGUGUUGGGAGCCAUUACACCUGAACCCUGAAUGCCGAUACUUGGCUAGCUCUUCUAAAGAUGGCUCGGUUCGGAUAUGGGACACGGUGCUUAGCCGCUGUGAUAAGAUCCUGACUGGCCACACGCAGUCAGUGACCUGUGUGAAAUGGGGAGGCGACGGCCUUCUGUACACUUCAUCCCAGGACAGGACUAUUAAAGUCUGGAGGGCUAAAGAUGGGGUUCAGUGUCGAACACUGCAGGGUCAUGCUCACUGGGUGAACACGCUGGCUCUCAGCACUGACUACGUCCUCCGUACAGGAGCCUUUGAACCAGCCACUGCUACCAUUAACCCUCAGGACCUUACUGGGACAUUGGAAGAAAUCAAAGAGAGAGCACUGCAGCGAUAUAACAAAGUCAGAGGUGAAGCUUCUGAGAGACUGGUGUCAGGUUCUGAUGACUUCACACUCUUCCUGUGGAAUCCAGCAGAGGAGAAGAAGCCUGUGGCUCGAAUGACUGGACACCAGGCUCUGGUCAAUGAAGUCCUCUUUUCCCCUGACACACGACUGCUUGCAAGCGCUUCUUUCGACAAGUCUAUCAAGAUCUGGGAUGGCAGAACUGGCAAGUAUUUAACGUCACUCCGGGGUCACGUGGCCGCUGUUUAUCAGGUAGCGUGGUCAGCAGACAGCCGUCUGUUGGUGAGCGGGAGCAGCGACAGCACCCUGAAGGUGUGGGAUGUGAAGACGGGCAAACUGAGUGUGGAUCUGCCUGGACAUGCUGACGAGGUGUUUGCUGUAGAUUGGAGUCCUGAUGGUCAGCGAGUGGCCAGUGGUGGGAAAGACAAAUGUCUACGGAUAUGGAGGAGGUAGAUGAUCCAGGUUCCGUCCCCCAUGACUGUACAUUUACCAGCCGAUGAAACAGAUGCCUCAGUGCACCUACUUUUAUCAUUCUGUUGGUCUAUCCAACAGGACGACUGACAGCUGUCUCAGCUUGAGCCUUAACCAAAUUAACCAGCCCCCCAGUGUGUACUCUGAAUCAGACAAGAAGACAUUUGCAGCACAUACUGCUGUCAUGUCCCUGAGAAACAUAGAAGCAUGAAGUUAUGGUGUACUUGUGGCACAAGCAAAUUUGCCACCAUUGCCCAGCAUUUGAACUCAACACAUACACACUUCACACAUACACACUUCUUUUAAAACCACUGAGGUUGGAAUAGAGUUUUCCACUAAGAGCUUGUAUUAUUCAGAGACCAUCCUAUUAAAAAAAUAGAAUUUUUUUCUCUUGCCAAGCCAUUUUUUGGAAGUAAUUACUCUCUUUCAGACAUGACCAGAUACAAUCACACAAUCUAUGCAGUAACUCUUAUACUGUCAAAAAAUGUAAAUAUACCAAAAUGGGAUUCUGUAUCAUUGUGACUUAUUUGUUUCCAAUAAAAUGACUGCAAAACAUCA